AUGGGUUUUUUCGAUAGCAUCACAAACACAUUCAACCGAAUUGCGGAGGUCGCAGCUUCCACAGUCCAGCAAAUCACAGACACUGCCGAGCAAAUACGACGCAAGUUCGAAGAAGAGACUCGAAAGGCCGCCGAGGCGGCAGCUCAAGGAGUUCUGAAAGAGAUCAGUGGCACAGCAGAGGCCAUGUGCCGUGAGCUCGAAGGACUGAUCCCCAGCUUCGACGACAAGUUGGAGGAAGUCAAGGCUGAAAUAACAGAACUUGCUUCCUCUGCUGCAAACGAUGGUGUUGACAUCACAGAAGCAGUCAAUGCGGCCAUCGAGAUCGCAGUCCAAAAGGUCGAGGCUGCUAAGACAGCGGCUAUUAAGGCCGUCAGUGACUUCAUUGUUCAGGCUCAGCAGAAGUUGUUCAGCCUCCUACGGUCCAUCAUCCCGUCGUUCCUUAGCUCUUGGACGCAAUGGCUUGAGGAGAGAGCAAACUUUCUCACAACGAACCUGGUUAAUAUAGGUGCAAAGCUGGUGGAUAAUGGUAUAUCCUUCGUGUUACAAAAGAUCAAACUAAUGGUUCAGACACUAGUAAAGAAGGUAGGAGAGGUCCUUGGACCUAUUUGGGGCUUUAUAAAACGAAUAUGGAAGCUAUUGUUUGGGGACCCACCGGAGCAGUGUGAGCUUGCCAUGCAGUGGAUGGAGGAGAGAAUGCGGCGAACACAAAGGCAAAUGAUCUACAAACGAUCGGUUGCCCCCAUUACCGCGGUGAUCAGACAGAAUAAGUUCUUCGAGCUUCUUCCCCAAGAUGAGAACUCGUGGAAGAAAACUCUGCUUGACUACUUAACAAGAAGCGGCAGUCCACCAGGAUGGCGGGCGUGCUGUGACCGUAUCAAACCGGUCAUACAAUCGACGAAUCCAAAGCCUGGCUCCAUGGUUCAAUUGACCUGGGACGACCACUUCACGGACGAACUAAAAGGUCAGCAGCGAACCCAGAUCAGUGUUAUAUACUUCAGGUGGAAGACAGAAGAAUUUCGUAAGGUUUCUUCAGGCUUCAUUGGUAUCCUUGCUAUGGUUAGUGCAGUGGAUGUGUCUGCGCGGCCAUACGAGCCUCCGCCUGUUACUAAAGCUCAGCGUCAAGAGCCACUUCAGAUCGAUGCCGUUGCGAUGAAGAAGAUAUAUGACGAGCUUGCACCGCACAUGAGGCUUCUAUCGUCAAACACAGAACAAGAUUCGAGCAAGUUUACUGGGCCCAAGAAGGUUGUGUCACGACAGCUUAAAUUCAGGGACGAUGAUGGGGUUUGGAGAACUGCUGAUAUAAGUUGA